AUGACUGGGAAAUUCACACUCAAAGAUCCGGCUCGUUGUGCCCACUAUGCUCGAUUCUUUCAGCAUUUAACAUUGAGCGAAGCUAAUAUCAUAUACUGGUCUUUAUUUAUAUUCGUUCUUGUCUUGAUGUGUAUAUCAUCCAUCCAACAUCACAAAUCAAACAACCUGACCGAACUCCUGAAAAGUAACUCCAGUUCUCGCCAAAUACGUCGCAUUCGUCGUCGUCGUAUUCACUACCUCUCGAUAGUAUCCCUUUGUUUCCUAAUCGCUCUUAUUUGUAUCGUGCUCGAGGUGUUCGCCGCCUUCAACAUCGAAUACUGUGAUGGCGAAGAUUUAAUUCAACUCUACUGGGGGUUUUGGUCAAUUCUUCAAGUCGGUUCUCUCAUCGCUAUUCUAGGAGUCAUGCUCCAAUUCUGGAUCGUUCUUGGGAACGUCCAAACACCAAGUUGGGCAGUGGCCCUAGGAACUCCGGUGUUGGUUUUCGCCGCGUUGGGGUACAUCUUUAGACAUAUCGGGAAAAGCUGGAGAGGGAGAAAAGGCAGAAGUCAGGAAGAGGAUACUGAUAUUGAGGUAGGUAAAGGUGGGGAUGUUGAAAAUGAGGAAGCGGAGAAGAGGGGCAGUUGGGCUGAGAGGUGGAUUACUUGGGCACCUGAGGAUCGAGAAAUCCGAGACAGAAGAGAAGAAGAUUUGAGUAAAGUGAGGACCAUGAGGUCGGCUGAAUGUUCGGACAUGGAGUUUGCUAGUAGAGCAACAACAUUAUACACACCAGGACAGCCAGGCGAUGUCAGAAGGAGCUCGACGUUUUGA